CUUGGACUCGUGUUUCAAUCACUCGGUGAAUAUCAGAAGGCUAAAGAAUAUCACGAGAAAGCACUUGCUAUCGCAACACAAAUUGGCCACAGGAAAGGAGAAGAAACACGGUACGGGAACCUUGGACUCGUGUUUCGAUCACUCGGUGAAUAUCAGAAGGCUAAAGAAUAUCACGAGAAAGCACUUGCUAUCGCAACACAAAUUGGCGACAGGGAAGGAGAAGGAACACAGUACGGGAACCUUGGACACGUGUUUCGAUCACUCGGUGAAUAUCAGAAGGCUAAAGAAUGUCACGAGAAAGCACUUGCUAUCGCAACACAAAUUGGCGGCAGGAAAGGAGAAGGAAGACAGUACGAGAGCCUUGGAGUCGUGUUUGAAUCACUCGGUGAAUAUCAGAAGGCUAAAGAAUAUCACGAGAAAGCACUUGCUAUCGCAACACAAAUUGGCGACAGGGUAGGAGAAGGAACACUGUACGGGAACCUUGGACUCGUGUUUCGAUUACUCAGUGAAUACCAGAAGGCUAAAGAAUAUCACGAGAAAGCACUUGCUAUCGCAACACAAAUUGGCGACAGGGAAGGAGAAGAAAAACAGUACGGGAACCUUGGACUCGUGUUUCGAUCACUCGGUGAAUAUCAGAAGGCUAAAGAAUAUCACGAGAAAGCACUUGCUAUCGCAACACAAAUUGGCGACAGGGAAGGAGAAGGAACACAUUACGGGAACCUUGGAGUCGUGUUUCAAUCACUCGGUGAAUAUCAGAAGGCUAAAGAAUAUCACGAGAAAGCACUUGCUAUCGCAACACAAAUUGGCGACAGGGAAGGAGAGGGAAGACAUUACGGGAACCUUGGAGUCGUGUUUAUAUCACUCGGUGAAUAUCAGAAGGCUAAAGAAUAUCACGAGAAAGCACUUGCUAUCGCAACACAAAUUGGCGGCAGGAAAGGAGAAGGAACACUGUACGGGAACCUUGGAGGCGUGUUUUUUUCACUCGGUGAAUAUCAGAAGGCUAAAGAAUAUCACGAGAAAGCACUUGCUAUCGCAACACAAAUUGGCGACAGGAAAGGAGAAGGAACACAGUACGGGAACCUUGGACACGUGUUUCAAUCACUCGGUGAAUAUCAGAAGGCUAAAGAAUAUCACGAGAAAGCACUUGCUAUCGCAACACAAAUUGGCGACAGGGAAGGAGAAGGAAAACAGUACAGGAGGCUUGGAGAUGUGUUUCUAGCACUUCGUAAAAAUAAGCUGGCCAAAGAACAUUUUGAUAAAGCGCUCGCCAUCAGUAUAGAAACUGGGCACAUACAGUCUGAAGGACAAUGCUACGCAAGCCUGGCAACUCUGCAUUGUUUGCUCAAUGACUACCAGAUGGCUACAGAACUAUACGAAAAAAGUCUUUCUAUCAGCAUGAACAUUGGUGAUAGGGCGGGACAGGGAGAAUAAGUUAUCUAUGCCUUGGACAAGUGUCUUUAUCGCUUGGAAAUUAUGACGAAUCGGAAAAAUACUUAGAGGAUGCGCGCUCAAUGAGUAGCAAAAUUGGAGACAAUAUGACUCACUUUAAUAGCCUUCUCGGUAUUACUCAGCUAAAGAUGUCUCAAUCAAAGUUAGAGGAGGCAAAGCAGUAUCUUUGUCAAAGUAUUGAAAUUUAUGAAAAGUUGCGACAUUUUCUCAAAGGAAACGAUGAAUUUAAAACAUCUCUCUUGGAAAAUCACGGUAAUUUCCCAUACAAGUUGUUCAGUCAGAUACUGCGUGCCAACGGAAGCCUGCGAGAUUCUCUUAAUGUGGAGGAGUUGCGACGCGCUAGAGGCCUUGCAGAAUUAAUGGCGGACAAACUCUUAACUGAGAGCCACAUCUCAACUGAUUCGACAUAUCGGCCUAAGAUCAAAAGCAUUGCAAUUAAAGAGAGCAAUUGUGCUGUUUUGUACAUUUCAUAUUGUGAACGACAUGUUCAUUUGUGGGUCUUAAAAGCUAAUGGAGACAUUGACUUACGAAUGAGCCCCCAAAUGGAAAUCGACACCCUCAUGGCUGCAUUCGUUUGCGAUGCGGAGGAUAUUUUUAAGAAGAGUGCCUCCACUUUCGGAAUUAAAUAUAAUGAGAAUUGCGAAGAUCGAUCUCUGUGUGACGACAUUCCCUUGUCUCCUCAAGAAGAGAGCCGAGCACCUUUGCAAAGUGACGAAACCAAACGCAACAAAAUAAUUCUUCAGUUGUGUUAUGACCAGAUUAUCGCUCCUGUAAAAGAUUUACUUACAGAGCCUGAAGUCAUCAUUGUGCCUGAGAGGUGUUCGUACCGAGUCCCUUUUGCUGCCUUACGGGAUGAGCCAGCAGGAAAGUAUUUAUCAGAAACCCACAGAAUCCGCAUUGUGCCUUCUCUGACGACUCUCGGGAUCAUCCAGGAAUGUCCAGCGGACUACCACAGUCAGACUGGUGCACUGGUAGUGGGUGAUCCUAAGGCUGGCCAAGUGCAAUACAGAGGACGUAUUUUCAUCUUGAUACCAUUGUCCGGUGCAAGAAAGGAAGCAGAAAUGGUUGGUCGACUCCUGGGGGUUCAGCCUUUGUUAGGAGAACACGCAACAAAGCAGGCGGUACUUCAAGCACUUCAUUCAGCGAGUCUAAUACAUCUUGCUGCUCAUGGUCAUGCCGACAGAGGAGAGAUUGCCCUUUCCCCUAAUUGCACUACUAACGGUAUUCCACAGGAAGAAGACUACCUUCUGACAAUGUCCGACAUUUCAAAGGUUAAGCUGCGUGCUAAACUGGUCGUACUUAGUUGUUGUCACAGUGGGCGUGGAACGUUCAAACAAGAAGGAGUCAUUGGAAUUGCUCGCGCGUUCCUAGCAUCUGGUGCACGUUCAGUGUUGGUGGCAUCGUGGGCCAUACAAGACGAAGCAACAGAGCAGCUCAUGAAUCAUUUCUACGAUCGCCUGGCUGCUGGAGAAAGUGCCAGUGAGUCCCUUCACCAGGCCAUGAAGUGGUUGAGAAGCAACGGCUUCACCGAACCUCGCCAAUGGGCUCCGUUUGUGCUGAUGGGAGACAACGUGACAUUUGACUUACAGAAAUUAAGGUAA